UUGCACAACAAAUGCAAGAAAUGAAGAUCGGCUACAAUAAACUUGCCACUCUGUUGACAACCCAAGCUGAAGCUAAUAAUCUAAGAAUGAGGCCUCCAGCCAGAAUAACCAUGACGGUUGAAGCCAAUUAUAGCAACAUCGAUGAUGACUAUGAUCUUGAAAGGGAAGUCUUUACAGGAGAAAGGUACCAGCCCUACCAACAUCAGAACAAUAACUACUCACCAAACUCUAAAUCACAAUGGGAAGGUCAUCCAGAGUCCACUUCAAUUCUCAUCUUAAAUAACGGAUCAAAGAAAUUAUACCAACCUGAGGAAAAAGUUAAUCUCAAAGGUUCCAUUAGUGAUGAGGAUGAUAUGUUUGACCAAUUG